AUGGUCACUUCAAGAGACGUUCAGGAGAUCGUCUCCAAGCUCUCCUCCGAUAAAGCCAAAGCGCGGGAAGAUGGGUUAAAAUUGUUAAAUACAUGGCUGGAAGGUGAAAGAUCGGUAAGAUUCUGCAGUUACCUUUCGCAGAACUCCAUGAAGCUUAAUCCUGAUAAAAUUCCUCAUGCUGAAACAUGGCCGUAUCUUAUUACAUUGCUUAUCCAGUGCGUGUCGUCAGAAAUAUCAUCCAGCAAAAAGCGGUUGCCGAAGUCAGCUUUUGCAAAAACACUGCGUGUUGUGGUUCAGCGAGCUGAAGAUGUUAAAUUCUCAGGCAAGAUGCCAGUUCUGUUACCUGUUGUAAAACCCCUCUUUAAUCACCUGUGGGAUGUCCUGAGCAGCGUCCCAAGCUUUCAGUCGGAAUAUGGCAUUAUUCUUCGUCUUCUUUUGAGUAUUGGAGACUAUCGUUUUCACUUGAGGAAAAAAGUCUAUACUAAUCUGAUCCAUUUCUACCUUGAGAGCGUGGAAACAACUUUAAGUGAACAAAAUGAUAGUCACUGUGUUCCAAGAGAGGAGGUCUUCCGCUGCGUUCUGACUUUGCAUUCCCUUCUGGAAAAUCCUCCGGCUGAUUUGGGAGAAGAUGUUAGAGUGGAAAUUGCAAAGGGGUUUGUUCAGAUAUUUUCCUGUGUAAGGGAGGAGAGUAAGAUUUCACGUAAGCUUAUGGAGUGUGUCAAUGUUUACCUGUUAAAUGGUGGCCCUAAUUUGAGCCAUGAAUGCUUAGAGAUCCAUGAUGCUGUCCGAAACUUUGUAUUUCGUUGUUGGCUUACUACACGGGACCGCGGCCUCAAGGAUGCUCUAAUGUUGUAUGCUAGGUUGCAGCUAAACCUUACUAGGGGUAAUAUUGAAGGAAGUUCUUUGGUAGAAGAACUGCUGGAUGUGAUAUGCAAAGAAUUAGAUCAAGGUAGUCUACCGAAUGUCGGUGUUCCAUGGGCAGAGACAAUGAAGGAUGACAAAUGUGGAGCGCUAAGUGUUUCACAGUAUUGCUUGGUGGAACUUUCAUCCUUGGUCUUAUAUCGGGCUUGUGCAAGUCCGAUGAAAGUUCCUUCAUCUGAAAAGCGUGUAAAGAGGGAGCACAUAUCUGUAAUAGUAAAGGAAGCCCUCGCAAAGGGCAAAUGGUUAUGGCAUGCUGUUUUUUGCCAUCUCAGUCGUAACUACUGCACUCGAAUGAGUGAAGAUCUUUUCAUUCUUUGGUUUGAAGGAAUCUCCUUGAACUUUGAUAGAAUUCUGAGUGAUGCAAAUAUGGGGCAUGCCUAUGAUGGUUUGCUGUGGACUUUAAGGAGUUUGCAAGACCUGUCUAGUGUUUUGCUGCAUACUACGCAACCGGAGAUCUCCUCAAGAUCUUCCUUCAUCUCAGAAAAGGUGGACAAUGGUUGGCAAAUAAUAUGGAACCUCGUGAUGCAGGGGUUGCCAGUAUUCAGUACUCAAACUUCUGUUGUUGAUGCUGCUUUAAUUCUACUGGGAAACAUCAUAUCAAGGGAAAUUACAAGCAUGUGUCUCGUACAUCAAGAUGUAUGGGACCUGAAGUUGUUUAAGCGGACACCAUCCAUGGCCUUUUUGUAUUUUGCUGCUUGCUAUUUUUCACACAAAGGUUGGCAGGGGAACCUAAUGGAUACCAUACAUCUGAGGAGGAAUCUCUUAAGAGCUGUUCUCGGCAAUCUGAAGUUUAAGGAAUCUUCUACUCUGAAUGAGCACGCAGUCCUCUUAAUACCGUCAGCUGCUUAUGCUCUUUGUGCUGGCUAUGCUUCGUUCAUGCCCUAUUACCGGGCGCUUUUCCCAUUAAAUUCUUCUAUGAAGGAUUUAGAGGUAUCAGAUGGUUGGGCUAAGCUAGAUGGGCAAGAAUUUAGAAGACCGCGUGAGUUCUUUGAAUGCUUUGUUGAAGUUCUUUCCGAGAUUUAUGAUUCCAAAACCAAGGUUUCCUUGCCGGAGCUGCACCAUGGUGUGCGUCUUCCCUACAAAUUGAGGGAUUCACUAUUGGACGAGACGGAAGCACAUAUUCUUAGGGCUAUGACAGAUAAGGAGGCUAAAAGGAUGCCUCUUACUGAUGUGUUCUUCAUAUGUGCUGUAGUAUGCAAUUUGGUACAUGGAUCAUUAGUAGCUAGGGGAGAAGUCUCCUCUUUCAUUUCUGAAUCAGGACAUUUUGUGGCAGAAUUGCUGAAUCAUGGCGCUAGUGCAAUUGAAGAUGGUGCUGACUUUCAGUCUCUUGGAUGCUUUGACAUUGGUGCGGAGAAGGUUGCAAAGAGCACUCUUCUGGAUGCACUUACAAGCUUUGUUUGCUGUCCCAUCUUUGCCAAAGGACGUGGUGGUUGUCUAGAUUCUACAGUCUAUAAUAUGAUAGUUCAGUCAGUGGAGAAAGUCCUACGCAGCCUGGCUAAAUUGUAUGAGCGAUACUCUGAUUGUGGCACAAGUCCUGGUGGUCAGUUGAUACCACCUGAUAUUUGUGUAUCUGACAACGACUUACAAAUGCCUAAAUCACUCACUGGUGAUAAAAGUAGGAUUAUGGACAUGGAGUUAGAUGUCAGCGGGGAUAUGAAAGAUGUGGAUAUGUCAACAGUAAGUGGGACAGUUGGUUCUACACCAUCCUUUUCUAUUGUCAACUGGAAGUCGAGCAUGAUAUCUCUUAUGGCGAAUUUUUCCCCGGUUUUGCAAGAUUUGACAUGGGAUAUAUUGUUUGAAAUUUUGGCAAGAGAAUCUGAUCCAAAGGUGGGUGAGAAGAUCCUUUACCAUCUUUGUCAGAACCCAGAUUGGUCUUCUCCUGCAAAAAUUACAGGCUUGGUCAAAAUAAUGAAUGACUUGCUUGACAAACGGGUGAAUCUCAGGCUUGAUUGCAAGUUUAUAUUGGUUGCUGCUCAUCAAUUGUUAAGUAAGAUAUCUUCGUCAGAUGCUGGUCAAAAUGACGAUCCAACUCUGAUAAGAGAAUCCGAAUCGAGUUUGGUGCAUUUGGGAGAUCUGGUGAACAAAGUUGCAGAAUUCGGUGUUAUUGAUUGGGUGGGGCGUGCAAAGCUAGUUGAUUGCAUUUGUGAUUUUGUGUUGUUGGACCCUCUAAUUGGUCAGACAAUGAUUGAGAGGUUGUUGUUGUUGGUCCGAGAUCCUGAUUACAGAGUCCGGUAUUCUUUGGGCCAAAGGGUUGGCGUUCUAUUCCAAACAUGGGAUGGUCAUGAAGAACUUUUUGAGGACAUCUGUUCAAACUUCGGUGUUGUUAUAGUGCUCCCGUUGAAAGGAAAACUCGUCAAAGCAAAGCAGGUCAUGUCUACUGGUCCACAGUCUCUCCCAGCUCUGGAAACUGUAAUUAUUACUCUUAUGCAUCUUGCUUUACAUAGCGAGAAAGUAGAGUCAAAGGCAGUUUUCAUGUUAUGUGCUAUUUCUGCCUUCGAGCCUUGUCACAGGGAGUUGGUCAUUGAGGUGCUCAAUAACCUGUCAAAGCAUCUACAGUAUACAACUAGAUUCAAGUAUUUGGAGGAACUGAUGGGUGCAAUUCUCUUCAGCUGGGUUGCUUGUGAUGUUAAUUUAGUUUCACUCCUUGAGAUAAGGCAACUUUUUGUAUCAGAUGUGGAGCCUAGUUAUUUUAUACAAUACUCUUGCAAUUGGCUGCUUCCAGCUUUACUAUUGGAGAAGGACAUGACCAAUCUUAACUGGCUAGCUAAAGUCUCAGGUCAACCAUUGGCAGCUCUAGUUAAGAGUCACUUUGUGCCAAUAUUUUCAGUUAGUAUGGCAUUGCAUUGCAGUAAGAUGCCUGGAUGGGAAAGGGGAACUUUUGUGCUUGAGAAGUCUAUUUUGCAACUUGCUGAGUUAUCUGAGAAUGAACGAGACAAGCUCAUAAAGAAACACAUGGUAUCUAUUGUUGGCCAUAUGCUGUCCCUUGUUUCUUGUGCAUCAGAGCCUACAGUUCCUUUCUUUUCCAAAGAGACAAUAGCACAGGCAAUUCGGACUGUAGUGGAUGGUUUUCUGGAAAUUGAUGAUCAGCCUGCUAGUGGUGCUGUUCUUGAUAAGAUCAACAUUUUUCGUCCUGAUAGAGUUUUCAUGUUCAUAUUGGAAAUACAUUACAAAAUAGAAGCAGCUGUCCAUCCGAGGCAUAGGUGUCACAGGUUGGCUGGACUUGAAGUGCUCAUUGAUGUUCUUGGUCAUCGAGUUGCUAUCUCAGGCACAGCCAACUACAUUCUCAAUUUGAUUGGACAGAUUAUUGGUCUCAAAGCUCUAGAAAAUCAAAGUUGCCGUAUAAUGACUUCUGUACUGAAGACUUUUGAUGAAAACCCGUCUAAAGACGUUUUUAAUGCUCUAGGCGAUCAACUUCAGUUUUUGGUAUCAAAAUUGGUGGAAUGCUGCAGGCAUUCUGUCACAGUUGAAGGUCCUUCUGGCCCCACAUUAUCUCCCGUUCUUCCUUUGCUCCGUCAACUGGUUGUCAGCUCUGACCUGUCUCUUCAUGAUUAUAUUAGGGAGUUGGAGCCAUUCCCUGAGAUGGAUUUCUUCAAUGAGAUGCGAGGGUUCCAUAAAGUGUUAUGCCAGACAUACUCUCCCAGAGAUCACCUAUUGAAAUUUGCUAGCCGAUAUUGUUACUUGCCUCCAAGAUUACUAUUGUCAAGUGUCCAAGCACUGCACAAGAAAGUACUCCUAGGGGAAAAUUAUCAGGUGAAAGGAAGUGACAAAGAUGUGAUAGAGGAUGCACAUUGGAAUCAUGAUCCAGAAAUCCGUUGUGCAAUCUGGACCCUAGUUCGUAUAUGUGGUUUGGAUGAUGCCGGCAGCAUCAGACCUUUGGUCUCUGACUUUGUGUCUCGGCUUGGGGUUGGGGAGCCACACAAUGUUGUUUUCCGUCCUGCUAGAGAGUUCAAUCAUAGGAGAGUGCAGCAAAGCACUUCAGACACUGGUACUGAAAUAAGUUUUGGAAUAUCCGAAGACCUUCUGGUAGAACUUCUUAGGCUCUUGAAGAAGUAUCUGAUGGAUGAUUCUGUUCGAAUAGUUGAUAUGGCAUCACAAGCUCUUCAGGGAAUUCUUUCUACUGAAAAGGGUCACAGAGCUGUACAUUCAUUUGAUUCUUAUGAGAGGUCUCUCAUUGAGAUCCACUCUAAGGGUGUAGACACCAAAGUGGUGGAGAAAUUCUUGACGGAUUUGGAUAAGAAAUUUAAAGUUGAAGCAGUUCCACUUCAGGAUUCUACUUUAUGGAACACAAGCCGUAAAACCUUUGAGGCAUGGAUUUGCCCAGUGGUGUACUCAAUGCUUGGGUUCUGCAAUGACACCAUCUUAAGAUUAUGCCAGGGAAUUGUCUUGCACAAAGCCGAGGUUGCUGAGCUCCUGUUUCCAAUUGCGAUUGUAGAUAUAGCUGGAAGAAAAGAUCUAGAUGUUGAUCUUCAGAAGUUGAUAACUCAGCAGGUCCAACGGCAUAUAUUUACAGAAUCAAAUAUGCUGGUAAAAUCAAUCCAAGUCUUGUUGAAUGCCCUUAAUGAACUUCGCUUGUGUCAUGUACUGGAAAGGUCUUCACUCGAACAAUCAAAACGAGAAGCUUCCAAGUAUUCUAGGCCUUCUAGUCAUGGUUCCAAAUCACGUUCUGCAUCUGGAAAGACUAGGGAAUCCCUUGGUAGUUCAAGUGUACCCACCACAUCAACAUUUCUAUGGGAUAAGGUUUACUGGUUGAGCGUUGAUUAUCUUCUUGUUGCAAAGGCAGCAGUGCUUUCUGGUUCGUAUUUCACUUCGAUAAUGUAUGUUGAACAUUGGUGUAAAGAGCAUUAUGGAGGCCUUACCUUAGGAGCUGCAGAUUUUUCUCAUGUUGAGGUGUUGUCAGAUCACAUCGAAGUACUUAUAUCAGCUCUCACUCAAAUAAAUGAACCAGACAGUCUCUACGGAACCAUCCAGUCCCACAAGUUGGCCUCUCAAGUUGUUACCUUUGAGCAUGAGGGGAACUGGAGCAAGGCCCUUGAAUAUUAUGACCUGCAAGUGCGUUCGAAUGCCAUUCUUCAAGCAGAUGUAAGUUCCAGUAUAGCCUUGAUGAUGAAUACCCAAUCGGCCGGCCAUUCUGCCCUUCCUGCAACUCAUGAUGAGAUGAGCCAGAGGAAGCCUUAUAAAGGGUUGAUUAGAUCACUGCAGCAAAUGGGCUGUACACAUGUCUUAGACAUUUACUGCCAGGGUUUGACUUCUCGAAAGGACCAGCUGCAGCAUGAUUUGGAAUUCACUGAAUUGCAGUAUGAAGCUGCUUGGAGGGCUGGAAAUUGGGACUUCUCUUUCCUGUCGCUUGCACCAAAUUCAGCUUCUUAUCAGCUUGUCAAAAAUGAUAACUUCCAUCAAAAUUUGCACAGCUGCUUGAGGGCAUUCCAAGAAGGAGAUUUUGGUGAAUUUCGAAAAAAAUUGGAAGUAUCAAAGCAGGAGCUUUUAUGUUUGGUGUAUUGUGCCAGUGAAGAGAGCACUCGGUACAUCUUCUCGACCAUCAUUAAACUUCAGAUUCUGUAUCAUCUAGGCAUGGGAUGGGAUAUACGUUGGAUGUCAUAUAGUGAAAGGGCUGAAACCUACCCGGUACAAAGGUGUCUGGAACCUGUAAUCCCUACCAUGGAACAGCUAUCUCAGUUGAAUAAAGACUGGAGCUCUACUUUGGAACAGACACAACUGCAUAUGAAUCUAAUUGAACCAUUCAUAGCAUUCAGGCGAAUUCUGCUUCAGGUCCUGAAAUGUAAAGAAAGCUCAAUGCAGCAUCUAUUGCAUUCUGCUUCAACUCUUCGCAAGGGCUCCAGGUUUUCUCAGGCAGCUGCUGCAUUGCAUGAUCUAAAAUCUUUUUGGGACAAAACUGGAGAACCAUCUUCGUCUCUCUAUUGGCUUGGGAGGCUUGAAGAAGCAAAGUUGCUUCGUGCCCAGGGUCGGCAUGAAAUGGCUAUAAGCCUUGCAAAGUAUGUCUCAGAAAAUUAUCAUUCAGACGAAGAAGCCUCCAACGUGUAUCGCUUGGUAGGGAAGUGGCUGGCAGAAACUAGAUCUAGCAGUUCAAGAACUAUUUUGGAGAAAUAUUUGAAGCCUGCAGUUUCACUAGCUGAGGAUCAGACCUUCACUAACAAGAAUUCUGUUGGAAAGCGAAGCCAGGCUCAUUUUCAUCUUGCCCACUAUGCUGAUGCACUAUUUAGAUCUUAUGAGGAAAGGCUAACUUCUAGUGAAUGGCAAGCUGCGAUGAGAUUGCGGAAACACAAGACUUGUGAGUUGGAGGCCCUUGUGAGACGGCUAAAAUGUUCUGCAAAGGGAGAAAAGGUAGAUUAUCAAUUGAAAAUACAGGAGUUGCAGAAGCAACUUUCAAUGGACAAAGAAGAAGCUGAAAAACUUCAGGAUGACAGAGACAAUUUUCUCAGCUUAGCAUUGGAAGGAUAUCAACGUUGUUUGGUCAUAGGUGAUAAAUAUGAUGUUCGAGUGGUGUUUCGUCUCAUCUCCCUAUGGUUCAGUCUGUCUUCUCGAGAAAAAGUAAUCAGCAAUAUGCGACAGACAAUUCACGAGGUCCAAUCCUAUAAAUUCAUUCCGCUGGUCUAUCAAAUUGCUUCAAGAAUGGGCAGCUCAAAGGACAGUAUAGGGCCUCAUGGCUUUCAGUCUGCUCUGGUUUCUCUAGUGAAGAAAAUGGCCAUAGACCAUCCGUAUCACACGAUUUUCCAGCUUCUAGCUUUGGCAAAUGGGGACCGCAUCAAGGAUAAACAGCGGAAUAGAAAUUCUUUUGUGGUUGAUGUGGAUAAAAUACUUGCGGCAAAGAAUCUUCUCGAGGAGUUACUAUCAUAUCAUGGUGGAAUUAUUAGACAGAUGAAACAAAUGGUAGACAUCUAUAUCAAACUUGCUGAGCUCGAAACAAGGAGAGAGGAUACCAAUAAAAGACUACCCCUUCCAAGAGAUAUUCGCAGUGUUCGUCAACUUGAACUUGUGCCUGUGGUGACAGCUAAUAUUCCAGUUGAACACAAUUGCCAAUACCCCGAAGGUUCAUUUCCAUACUUCAAAGGACUAGCAGAUUCAGUAAUGAUAAUGAAUGGCAUCAAUGCUCCAAAAGUUGUUGAGUGUGUAGGUUCUGAUGGUAAAAGGUAUAAACAGCUUGCCAAAUCUGGAAAUGACGACCUAAGACAAGAUGCGGUAAUGGAACAAUUUUUUGGUCUGGUGAAUACUUUCUUACAAAAUAAUAGGGACACAUGGAAAAGAAGAUUGGGUGUUCGCACGUAUAAGGUUGUUCCUUUCACUCCAAGUGCGGGGGUGCUUGAAUGGGUUAAUGGCACACUGCCUGUUGGAGAAUAUCUUAUAGGAAGCACAAGAAAUGGUGGUGCCCAUGGUCGUUAUGGAUUUGGGGACUGGUCAUUUCUCAAAUGCCGAGAGCACAUGGCAAAUGAAAAGGAUAAACGUAAUGGAUUCCAGGAAGUUUGUGAGAACUUCAGGCCUGUUAUGCAUCACUUCUUUUUGGAGAGGUUUCUGCAGCCAGCUGACUGGUUUGACAAGAGACUUGCUUACACUAGGAGUGUUGCUACAAGUUCAAUGGUCGGUUACAUUGUUGGCCUGGGUGACCGGCAUUCUAUGAAUAUCUUGAUUGAUCAGGCUACAGCAGAAGUAGUACACAUAGAUCUUGGAGUUGCUUUUGAACAAGGGCUAAUGCUGAAAACACCUGAACGGGUUCCAUUCAGGCUUACAAGAGAUGUGAUCGAUGGCAUGGGUGUUACGGGAGUUGAAGGUGUUUUCAGAAGAUGUUGUGAAGAAACUCUGUCAGUGAUGCGGACGAACAAAGAAGCAUUACUGACCAUUAUCGAAGUGUUUAUCCAUGACCCUUUGUAUAAGUGGGCUUUGUCUCCUCUGAAAGCUUUGCAGCGCCAGAAAGAAACUGAUGAAGAUCUUGAGACUAGCUUGGAAGACUCGGAAGAAGAAAGUGAGGGGAACAAGGAUGCGACUCGGGCGCUGUUGAGGGUGAAGCAAAAGCUAGAUGGGUACGAAGAAGGGGAAUUGAGAAGUGUGAAUGGACAGGUUCAGCAACUAAUUCAAGACGCGAUUGAUCCAGAGCGCCUGUGCCAAAUGUUUCCAGGCUGGGGAGCUUGGUUGUAA